GAUUUCUUCUCCGAUUUGGAAGAAUCGGAAGCUGCCGGUCUCCCAUAAUCCGUGGAUUUUCACCUAUUUGAGGGCGAACUUUGAGGAAGGUGAGUGCACAAAUUCGUUAUUCUUUUUACUGGAAAAAUAUGUCUCGAGAUGAUGGAAAUUGCGUCCCUUUACCACUACGUAUAAGCUGGUCAAGCUGAUUGAGUUGUUUUCGGUACAGCUUUUAGCUUGAAUAUUCUGAGUGUCCUCCUUUCUCUCGACUGAGUAGCUUUUAUUCUACAAGAAAUUCAUCUGCUAGAGUAGUUCUGCAAAAGAAAAUUAAUCAAAAUAAUGGAUGGUCGGGUUGUUCUUGACAAGGGUGGAACAAGGCAGUUGCCUCAGUGGAUGUUUGCUACAUCUGCUGCUGAUCAAGUAAAGGAAAAAGUCAAAACUAAUAAAGUAGACAAUAAUAAUACUACAGAGGAGGAGAUUGUCACUCAGAGGCAGAAAAACAGAAGGAUUAAGGAUAAAAAGGAAACAUUCACUGAGGAGUCAUCCACUCAGCUUCCAAUAUGCCAAACAGCAAAAAGAAGCAGAAGAAAGUUAAACCUACCAAAUGAUGAUUGUAAUGAUGAAAGCGCUUUAAUGGGGAGUGAAUGUGACAACAAGCAGGUAAAUGGUGAUGGAGCGGUUCCUAUGUUGAGGAGACAGAAACAGAAAACGAAGAAUUCCAAGACUGAGGGAGUUGCUGAGAUGGAAGAGUCAACAACAAAAGCAAGUGAUAGAAGCGGCUUAAGGAAGAGAAAAUGUAGCAGGGUGAAGGAAAAUUCUAGUGAAGCUGGCCCUAGUUUAAGGAGGCUGAAACAGAAAACAAAGAAUUCCAGGAAUGAGAAUUGUGCUGAUGUUGAAGAGUCAACACCAAAAACAGAUGAUGAGGAUUUGACUGUUGAAGAUCUAAUGCACAUAGCGGAAGAGUAUGCUGGUGAUGCUGAUGAAGAUUUGACCGUUGAAGAUUUAAUGAGGAUUGCUAAGGAGUACGUGAAUGAGAAUGAGCAAGCUACAUCAGGCAAAGGAAAAAGUGGUCCAAUGGAGGAUGCUAUUUCCAUGUCAAUAGGCUCAUUAAGUGAAGUUGACAAUCAAUCUUUGAGAGGAGAAACAAAUUCUGAUUGUAUUUCAAUUCAAGAGAGAACAAUUGAAGAUGCUCCUCCUAAGCUUAACAUGUCCGAGAAUCCGACCCAAGACAUGUUAGAUUUGUUUCUUGGUCCCCUGUUGAAGAAAACUCACGAGGAGAAGAGAGUUGAACUGGUCAGAGAAGAAAUGAGUUUAGUUCGUGAUCUGAACAAGAAAACCCGAAGUAAUCCUUCUGAGGAUCGACCAGUUAUGGUAAAGAAGAAAAGCAGUCUCAAGGACAAGAAUUUUGUCUCCUUCCUGCAGAUGCAAGUGUAAGCCUUCAGACGACUAGCAAAUCUAGCGUCGUCACCUUUACUAGCCUCGAAGCUAUAAGUCUCGAGUAUAGCAACAGCGUCAUUAGCAACAGAGUUGAUCUCAAACACCCAUUGUUGAACUCUUUGAUCUACAACUUGCUUUUGCUCUGCAUCUUUAAGGAAAGACUGCAUGAAGAACAGCUCAUUUCGCAGCCACCGCACAUCCUGUCUGAGACUUGUACGCAGGGAAGCUUCCUGUAUGAGAAAAUCCCCCAAUUUUUGA